CGGGUUACAGUGCGCAGUGGGCUGGACUCCGCUCCAAAAGAAGUUCACUCAUUUCACAACGCACCGACUGGACGGCUCAACAAUAGUCCUAGUUUUAACAGACGUAUAGUGAAGGAGUUGUCUAAGUUUAGUUCAGGCUGAACUUUGCUGUCUUAGUUUUCAACGGAACAAAGGUCCAUCGGGAAGUGGAGUCCACCACCACUCCGCAGCCAUGAGUUCCCAGAACAGAUAUUCUAGCAGCAUGUUCCAGACGAUGGACGAGGACCUGAAUGCGUCUCUGGCCCAGGCUGAUGAGUUAUCCAGAGAGUUUACCUCUCUGUUACAGAAGGUCUCCCCCACCACCCAGUCUGUUUCUCAGACUGCCUCUGAUGCUGUGAUCCCCAGAGGCAAACUCCAGCCCUCAACCUCAGAGAGACAGACAGGAGGCACCAGCUCUCUCCCCUACUCCCCCAGCUCCAGCUCUCUCCCCUACUCCCCCAGCUCCAGCUCUCUCCCCUACUCCCCCAGCUCCAGCUCUCUCCCCUACACCCCCAGCUCUCUCUCCUACUCCCCCAGCUCUACCCUCCCCUACUCCCCCAUCUCCAGCUCUACCCUCCCCUACUCCCCCAUCUCCAGCUCUACCCUCCCCUACUCCCCCAGCUCCAACCUCUCCAACCUGGAUCCCAUGGUCUCCAGCCCUAAGACGAUGCCCUCGUCCCCUUCCCAGGCGCAACGAGACAGAUACUCUCUCUCUCCGUCCCAUCAUUCUGGAGGUCCUGACCCCAACUACUCCUAUGGUCAGCUGACCCCUCCCAACCAAUCACCUCGUACCCAGCGUCGUGCGUCUCCUUCUCCGUCUCGCCGAAUGACCUACGACCGCAGCCCGCGAGGAUCAAUCAGCUAUAUUGAUUCAAACCACUCCCCUCUUUCCUUUGCUCCUGGCUACGAUCAAUCACAUCGGGGGAGGGUACAACCCUCACACUCCUUGUCCAAUCUGCUGUCCCCGUAUGAUUCUCCUACGAUGGGUCGGACAUCCCCACGACUGGGCCGAAGCCACUCCCCUUGCCAGUUCAGCCAAUCAGCAGCACCCAGUACCCUGCCACGUAACUUUGUGCCUUUCAGCCAAUCUGAUGAAGUCAUGCAGAGACAUAAGAGCCCAGGUAAAUGGAAUGAGACCGAUCUGGACGUGGCGUCUCAUAAGAAGAAACCCCACCACGCCUACGACAAGACUGAGUGGCUGAGACCGUUGGUGCCAAACACCAACUGGAGAGAAUCUAACCUGGAUGGCCCUUCCUCUUCCAAGAAGGACACCCUCCCUCGUUCCCACCAGCCCACCCACGCAUCUCUCCCCCGUAACACCCGUAUUACUGUCCCUCCUGACUCGUCCUCCCUCUACCACGCCCCUCCCCAACCAAUCAUAUCCCGUAUCUCCAUCCCCCCCUGCUCCUCCUCCUCCCAGCCCCCCCGUCAGCACAGACCCAUCCCUCUCUCCGUCAUCAUGCGGCUCCAGAACCCCUACUGGGCCUCGUCUGCCAUUCACCCCCGGGCCCUGGGGCCCGAGAGGGACGUGGCUCUGUACCGCCAGGCUGUACCCAGGGAGUAUAGGGAUUACCUAGAGUACAGAGAGCCACAGACCCAGCCACAGACCCAGCCACAGACCCGUGAGCUCAAGCAGCCAGCCUACCACGGGGAAGUGCUGAAACCAGGUGAUGUUGACAUUGAGUUGGAGCGACUGGACCCGAUUCAUCAAAGUCCCACGGCCCCUGACCCAGCUCUCCCAGAGAGAGAGAGGGAGACAGAGAUAGGAGGAGGAGGAGGAGAAUCCCAGGUGGUGGCCCCCAGGCCCCUCAGCCCGUCCAAGCUGCAGCCAGUGGUGGCUCCAGAGAGCCCAGAUGUCCCUGACAUGGAAGAACUGUUCCGGAUCCGCUCUGAGAUCCCCCGGGCCCUGAGGAGACGCGGCUCUGUGACCCCUAUCUCCAAAGUUAACCCAAACCCUGAACCAGGAUCACAAGUCCCUGGCCAGCCCCAGAAGAAGCCAGCCAACCUGCAGCCGGAUCACAAUCGGAAACAGUACAAACAGAUCAUGAAUAAACUUUUCCGGCGGAAGGGGUUGACGGGCCAGCAAGGGGGGGAGAUGAGGAGUGACUACAGCUCGUCCUCAGACGGAGAAGGGGACAGCUCUACAUCCCUCUCCCCUGUCACUAACCCGGUCCCUGACCCUGAACCUGCCUCGCCAGAGUACAGGGGGUACAAUUCCAUCCUGCGUCGGGCCAGUCGGGAACGAGGGGAUUCUGGUCAGAGGGCUCGGCUCAGCCCUCUGGUUCUACUGCUGGACGGGUCACUGGUGGGGGAACUGGACACUGUUCAGAGGGCCGUGCAGGAGAUGAGUGACCCGAGCCAGCCGAACGACGAGGGCAUCACAGCCCUCCAUAACGCCAUCUGUGGAGGUCACUACAGCGUGGUGGACUUCCUGGUUCGUAUAGGAGCCAACGUCUCCGCCCCAGACAGCCACGGAUGGACC